UCCCCUCUAUUUAAAGCCAUACAUCUAACCUACAUUUCAAGAAACGCUCUUUCUUAAACACACACUCACCACACACAUACACUAACAAAGAGAAACUCAGAAAAAAGAAUACAUUUUUUUCAUCCGCCGAUCACAUUUUUUUCCACCAGUGUUAUUUAUUUCUCCGAUCACCGCUUAUAUACAAUCUAAUGGCACCUGCAGUUGUGGCAGCCGAAAACGGGCACCACGCCGCCGGAAACGGGUUCUGCGUGCAGCAGAACGAUCCAUUGAACUGGGGGAUGGCGGCGGAGUCACUCAAGGGUAGCCACCUCGACGAGGUCAAGCGCAUGGUGGCGGAGUUCAGGAAGCCGGUGGUCAAGCUCGGCGGAGAGACGCUGACUAUAUCUCAAGUCGCCGCCAUCGCCGCCAGGGAUAAUGCCGUGGCGGUGGAGCUGAACGAGUCGGCCAGGGCCGGCGUCAAGGCCAGCAGCGACUGGGUUAUGGACAGCAUGAACAAAGGGACUGACAGCUACGGCGUCACCACCGGUUUCGGUGCCACGUCACACCGCCGGACUAAGCAAGGCGGUGCUCUUCAAAAGGAGCUCAUUAGGUUUCUGAACGCCGGAAUAUUCGGUAACGGAACGGAAUCAAACCACACACUCCCACACUCCGCAACAAGAGCAGCUAUGCUCGUCAGAAUCAACACCCUCCUCCAAGGAUACUCCGGCAUCCGGUUCGAAAUCUUGGAAGCCAUAACCAAAUUCCUCAACAACAACGUCACCCCAUGCUUGCCCCUCCGCGGCACGAUCACCGCCUCCGGCGAUCUCGUCCCCUUGUCCUACAUCGCCGGACUCUUAACCGGCCGCCCCAACUCCAAGGCCGUGGGCCCCACCGGAGAAACCCUCACCGCCGUCGAAGCAUUCAAACUCGCCGGAGUUGAUGGAUUCUUUGAGCUGCAGCCGAAAGAAGGGCUUGCAUUGGUUAACGGAACAGCUGUUGGUUCCGGAUUGGCUUCGAUUGCUCUGUACGAAGCCAAUGUACUUUCUCUACUGUCGGAAGUUAUGUCGGCCAUAUUCGCUGAAGUGAUGAACGGGAAACCGGAAUUCACCGACCACUUGACUCAUAAAUUGAAGCACCACCCUGGGCAAAUUGAAGCUGCUGCAAUAAUGGAGCACAUUCUCGAUGGAAGUGCUUAUGUGAAAGCUGCUCAGAAGCUACACGAAACAGAUCCUCUGCAGAAGCCGAAGCAGGAUCGUUACGCUCUUCGAACUUCCCCACAAUGGCUGGGCCCACAGAUCGAGGUUAUUCGAACGGCGACAAAGAUGAUCGAGAGGGAGAUUAACUCCGUUAACGACAACCCGCUGAUUGAUGUAUCGAGGAACAAGGCGAUUCACGGCGGGAAUUUCCAAGGUACUCCGAUUGGGGUUUCCAUGGAUAAUUCUAGGUUAGCAAUUGCUUCAAUCGGGAAGCUAAUGUUUGCUCAAUUCUCCGAAUUGGUGAAUGAUUUCUACAACAACGGUUUGCCGUCGAAUCUCUCCGGCGGCCGCAACCCUAGUUUGGACUACGGAUUCAAAGGAUCCGAAAUCGCAAUGGCGUCGUACUGCUCGGAGCUCCAAUUUCUGGCGAAUCCGGUGACGAAUCACGUGCAGAGCGCGGAGCAGCACAACCAGGAUGUGAAUUCUCUAGGUUUGAUUUCAUCGAGGAAGACGGUUGAAGCUCUGGAUAUACUGAAGCUAAUGUCGUCCACAUACCUAAUCGCGCUUUGCCAGGCGAUAGAUCUGAGGCAUCUGGAGGAGAAUCUGAGGCUCGCCGUGAAGAACACCGUCAGCCAGGCGGCGAAGAAAACCCUAACGAUGGGGGUUAACGGCGAGCUCCAUCCGUCCAGAUUCUGCGAGAAGGAUCUGCUCCGUGUGGUUGACCGUGAGUACGUUUUCGCCUACAUCGACGACCCCUGCAGUGGGACCUACCCGCUGAUGCAGAAGCUCAGGGAGGUUCUCGUCGACCACGCGCUGAAGAACGGCGACAACCAGAAGAAUGCGGCGACUUCGAUUUUCCAGAAAAUCGAGGCGUUCGAGGAGGAAUUGAAGGCGGUGUUGCCCAAGGAGGUCGAGAGCGCGAGAUCCGCCGUCGAAAACGGAAAUGCGGCGGUGGGGAACAGGAUCAAGGAGUGCAGAUCUUACCCGCUGUACAAAUUCAUGAGGGAGGAAUUGGGGACGGAGUUUCUGACCGGAGAGAAGCUGACUUCUCCCGGAGAGGAGUGCGAUAAGGUUUUCACGGCGUUGAGCAAGGGGUUGAUCGUUGAUCCAUUGUUGGAAUGCCUUGAGGGUUGGAACGGAGCUCCUCUUCCGAUUUGCUAGCUGUAUUAUUUUGAAUUUUGAAUUUUUAUUUCGGGAAAUAUUUUAAUUUUAUGUAUUAGAUUAUAUACUGCCCUUUUUUUGGUUUGUUUUUAUGGUAUGUGAAUGUAAUUUUUAAUUUUUAUUUUUAAAUUUAUUAUGUAAGGUGAAUUGUGUAAAAGAAUCUGGAGACGUGAGAUUUGCAGCUAUAUGUAUGUAAAAGCUUUUGAGUUUUGAGUAAUGUUCAAAUGUCAUAAACAUUUGUAUUAGUGAAUAAUAAUGUAUUGAAUUAUUUUA